CUUCUGAGAACCACCAACAUAAGAAAGAAGCAAGAGAUAGAGUUGAGAACCACCAACAUAAGCAGUAGAGAGAGAGAGAGAGAGAGAUGGAAGUGAUUCAAGUACUUCACAUGAAUGGAGGAAUUGGAGAAACAAGUUAUGCAAGCAACUCAUUAGUUCAGAAAAAGGUACUAUCAUUGACAAAACCGAUAACAAAGGAAGCCAUAGUGGAUCUCUACUGCAGCACCAACCCUAUGACUCUAUGCAUUGCAGACUUGGGUUGCUCUUCUGGACCAAACACUUUCUUAGUGGUCUCCGAACUUAUGGAGACAGUCCACAAUACUUGCCAAAAAUUGGGGCAUCAAACCCCUGAAUUUCAAGUGUACUUGAAUGACCUCCCAGGGAAUGAUUUUAACACUAUUUUCAAGUGCUUGCCAAGCUUCCAUGAGAAGAUGAGGAAUCAAAUGGGGCUAGGGCUUGGGCCAUGUUUUGUCACCGGAGUCCCCGGUUCAUUCUAUGCUAGGCUUUUUCCCACCAAAAGUCUGCAUUUUGUCCACUCUUCUUACAGUCUCAUGUGGCUCUCUCAGGUACCAGAUGGGCUAGAGAAUAAUAACAAAGGAAACAUUUACAUGGCAAUUAGUAGCCCAAAAGAGGUGCUUAAAGCUUACUAUCAUCAAUUUCAAAUAGAUUUCUCAGAGUUUCUGAAGUGUCGUUCAGAGGAAUUGGUGAGCGGAGGACGUAUGGUUUUAACCAUUUUGGGGAGGGAAAGUGAUGAUCCUUCAAGCAAAGAGUGUUGUUACAUUUGGGAGCUUCUAGCAAUGGCUCUCAAUCAAAUGGUUUCAGAG